AUGCCAGCCAAAUCCACUCAGCCUCGCACACCGGAAGGCUCUCUCAUCGAGACCUCACCGGCGGUUCAGUCUCACCGUGGCCUCAGGCGGGAUUCAAGUUGGCUCAUGCGUGUGGGACUAGCAACACUGCACCACUCGGUCACUCAGCCGGUGGGUCACAGUACACAUGUUUUUGUCAUGACUCAUCACGAUCGUCUGCCAUCAAACUUGAAGACACUACUGUAA